AAAAAAUUUUCUUUGGAACUGGGCGCUGCCAUCUUGAAUUUUAAUCAUGUGACACCAACUUUGGACAAAAUGGCAGUCCCCAUGAUUAAAAAUUUCGGUGAUAUUGAGACGAAUAAAACCGUCUUUUUCAUGUGUGACAUGCAAGAAAGAUUCAGACCGAGUAUAGAAUAUUUUGAAGGCAUUGUCCAGAUAUGUAGUAGACUGGUCUCAACAUCAAAUAUACUGAACAUUCCUCUUGUGGUUACAGAACAGUAUCCAAAAGCACUCGGUAAUACAGUUUCGGAGCUCGACACAAGUAAUGCAGUGGGAGUGUACCCCAAGACGAAGUUUAGUAUGCUGAUCCCAGCAGUGGAGGAAAGGUUGGGAACAUUAUGUGGAGGCAACGUCAAGCACGUGGUGCUGUUUGGAAUAGAGACACACGUUUGCAUCCAACAAACAGCCAUUGACCUCCUGAAGCGUGGUAUCCAGGUAUACAUCAUCGCUGACGCCGUCUCGUCAAGAUUUCAACACGACAGACUGUAUGCAUUAGAAAGAUUACGCCACAUUGGUGCAACUGUCACAACGAGCGAAUCAAUCCUAUUCCAACUUCUUGGAGACAAGGACCAUUCAGACUUCAAAGCCGUUCAGGCACUCGUGAAGGAGAAAUAUCCAGACACAGGACUUUUGAACAAAUUGUGAACAACUUUUAUGAAAUCUCACCAGAGCAGAGGAACAAUUGAGCAUAAUAAUUAAGUUGAUCAACAAUGCUUUGCCUCGGAAGUGGACACUAUCGUCUCCAUUGCAUUUCACUGUCCUGAAUUGAGUGAAAAGAAUGCUGGGUCGUAUUCCUCAGUUUGUCCGACUGUAAAUGAUUGACCCUUGGCUGCUAAACAUAAACCUCAUAAAUGAAUUUAAAACUGUCUUUGAAACUGGGAAAGACGUUGCCUUUGGAGCCCCAUCAAUUGCUCAUGCCAGUCCAGGAAUAACAAUAAAAAGCCUCAUUAUAUAAACGUCAUUGUAGAAUAGAAUUGUCCCCAUGGAUCCUGGCCUCAGGUACGGUAAGGAAAGUUUAAGCUAAUAACCAGCACAUUGAAGAAUGGGUUACCAGCAUUGUUUUCUGGGACACCCUGUCACUCGACGAUAACCAGCACAAGCAUGAAGUGGGGCCCAGAAUAGUUUUUUGGAUCCUGCACUCGAAGAUUUACAUGGAAUCAAAACAAAGGAAUAGGAGCCCAUUAUUCUUGUGGGAUACCCUGUUUUGAGACUUGUCCCCUUUUGAGACUUGGUCCCUUACAAAUAUGAACUCUUUAAGGGUUGACUAUCAUAUCCACGCACUGCCAUUAGCUUCUAAAGGAAAUGUUAUCGUGUUUUCUUGCACAAAACAUUUGAUGCACAUUUUAAUGUGAUUUUCAGGGUGUUGAAAGAGAAUAAAUGUCCAUUUUAUGUA